AUGGACGGGUCACGAGGGCAUUUUCAGCCUCCACCAUUGAUGCCACCAAUGACUUCGGCGCCGUACGAGGUUCCGAUGCUACCACAUGCCGCUCCGUCAGCUUCAAUGACAUCAGCCUCAGGACCUUACGCCUCACACAAUGGUCAACAAAGCACAGAGCCAAUGCCUUCGCCAGCAUUGACGAACAUGUCCAUGCCGCAGACUAACGGCAUGCCGCCUCCUCAGUAUCAGUGCGCUAACGGCCCGGUCGGAAGCGCUGAUUCUUCGACCAUGAUGCAGGACCAAUUCUUCGCCAACGAUGCUUCCAUGUCAACACCUGGCAUAUCGCCAACACAUGCUUCCGCAGCCGCUCUUUCAGCACAAAAGCGCGCCUAUCGGCAGCGAAGGAAGGAUCCUAGCUGUGAUGCGUGUCGGGAACGUAAAGUCAAGUGCGACGCGUCCGAUGCCUCAAGCUGCUCAGAAUGCUCCAGCCGAGGCGUGAAGUGUCAGUUCACCAAGGAGACGAACCGGCGCAUGUCUUCGAUCAAACAGGUCCAGGAUCUGGAGAAACAGCUCGCGCAGGCCAAGCAGCACAUUGCCCAGUUGCGGACUAUCCUACAAGACGGCGGCGCUAUGGAUCUUGAUGCCGCGUUGAACGUACCGACUCUCCAGCUUCCAGACUCGAGCUCGAAAGAGCGCCGACUUGGACCUGCUCCUAUAGAUGGCUUCGACGAGACUCGGCGUAACAUCCGCAAUUUCUCCAGGGGCAUCUUCAAGCCUCCUGCACCAUACAAGCAGUCUGGACCCCAGCCUCUCUUUCCGUAUGCGAAUCACCCCCUACCGCCGAAGCAGGUCGUGGACCGCCUUCUAUCACAUUAUCAUGGCUCGGUUCAUGUGUAUGCGCCGAUGAUUCACUGGCCAACGUUUAUGCAGGAAUAUGACAGUGUCUACCGCGCGGGCACCUUUCAGCAGAGCACGCAACUUUGGGUCGCGCUGUUCCAUGGCGUUCUAGCAUGUGGCACUUUAAUGGAUCCGCAGCCGAACAGCUCAGCGCAGGAAGGAGAAGGUGCUGCAUACGUUGAUAUGUGCAUGCGAUGUCUGAAUACAUGGACCGAUGAGCCGGACAUGGAUUCUGCACGAGCGUCUCUAUUGAUCUCAAUCUACUUCGUGGAGGUCAACUUACGAACGGGGGGAUGGGUUUGGCUAGGCGCAGCUGUCAGGAUCGCACAAGAUAUCGGGCUGCACACCGAACGCGGUCCGUAUCCACCCGUAGAGACUGAGAUGAGGCGUCGCGUGUGGUGGAGCAUCUACAACUGGGAUAGAUUAUUGUCGCUGGAGAUUGGUCGACCGUUACAUAUCGACGAUGACGACUGCGAUGCCAGUGAGCCAACACCGGUGAAUGAUGAUGCAAUCCGACCUACCGGCGUAAUACUACCACCGCAAGGAAAGAUGGGCCCAAAUGGUCUGAUGGCAGUCGUGCCAGUCGUGCGCAUCACGGCCCAGCUCAAGAAGACUCUCAAGUCACGGACAAUAGCGGCGGCGACGUUGGCAACCUACGACGACCACUUCAAGUCCGUGAUGGCCUCAUACCCGGAUCCGUUUCCCAUCAAUUCUUCAGCUCAUCUGGACCCGCGGCUACUCACUGCGGCAUGCAGCUUGCAGACAUCCCGCUUCUUUCUGUACAGGCACAACUUAUCACCAAGCUGCAGGCCACAGGACAGAAGAGAUGCCUUGGACCGCUGCGUGUCUGUUGCACGCGAUACAGCUCGCUAUGUCGAGCGCUCUAUGCAGCAAGCACAAAGCCCGUCUGCAUCUGGAUACUUCAGUCCUACCCACAUGGCGAACUGGGCUGCUCGUUUUCGGACAAUGGCACCGGCCUUCUUCUGCAACCACCUUUGGCGCUGCACCCUUGUACUAUGCAUACGGCUUGACUUCGCUUCCGCGUUGACACUAGUCCAAGCCUCCGCUGCUGCUGGUGAUAUGCGGAAGAGCAACAUUGCAUGUGGUCGCUACCUCGCUUUCUUCCUGGACAAGCUCAUUCAGCGACUACGAACCGGGUCUACGAUGCAGCACUUGGAGAUGGACGAGGAGAUGCUAGCCUACACAAGCGGCGAUAUGCAAGGCUGCGCCGAGGAGGCUUGGGCUUGGGCAGGUAGCGAGACAGGUGCGAAUCUGAAUCAGACCAACGGAUCCGUGGCACCCGAUGGGAUGACCCAGCCUCAUGGACAAGUCGACAUGGGACCUACACAGCCGCUGAGCGAGCGCGAGAUGCAGGGAUGGGGAGGCUGGGAGCACAUUCAGCGGACGCUACAAGGACUUCUGCAAGAGCAUCAGACACAACACGGGCCGCCUCAAGGACAACUGCCACAAUCGGCGAACAUGCAACAGCAGCCACAGCAGCAACAGCCGCCAUCAAUGCAGCAAGGCACAUAUACACAGGCGCCACCAUACCCACAGUCCUCAUUACAGUACACGAGCUCCUCAUCAGGGGGCAGUGUAGGAUUAACACCUGCACAGCUCAGUCACCAAACGAGCGUGAGUCCUGCACCGGGUAAUGGUGGCAGCAGCAGGAUCAGUAUCAAAGAUAUCAUGUAA